AGAUCUUGGAGGCAAAGAUAUCAAGCUAAAGACGAUGAGAAGGCCUCAGCCAUGGCACCAGAGCUUUCCCGCAAAGAAUAUGAACAAGGUCAGCCUGAAAGUCGAAGCCAGCAUCACGUCGAGGUAACAUUGCCCGAUUGAUAUUGCUCGAUAACCUAUACGUAGGGGCGCCCAAUGAUUAUUUUCUGUAAAAUGUCUGGAAUAAAAGAAAUUCUGGAUAACCUCUCCGUUCGUCUAACAUGUAUGUUCGGAAUGAAAAAAUUGCUUCCCUAAAAUUAUGGUUACUCCGUGUCCUCGCAGUCUUGACAAGACCCGGCCUUUGGGAGAGCUACAACUUUUGAGACAGCCAAGAUUCCCCCAAAACAUCUGAACAGAUAGAUAGUGUUUGGGACAGCUCCAAACUAACGAAACAGACUUUCUAAAGCGUUGAGUCUCCGUCUGUAGACUAUUAUGACUAAAUUGGCUGAUUUAGGUCUUUAGGUGCCGCUAUAUGCUGACGAGCCAUCACGCGAUCAAAAGCAAAAGUCGAUGCGAUUCAGGCAAUUUUAUUUUGUCCGAACAAAUUAACGCUCGAACGUACAUACCCAUCCGUAUAGUAGUACAAGGGGGGUUAAUGGAAUCCCUCCCUUGAAUUUUUGAUGUGUUGCAUUAUUUCGAAACGAUUUUACUGUCUGAGGUACAUUUUAUGGAUGGUGGUGCUGCUGGAGGCCUGUGACGUCACCAAACUUGGUCGCCAUCUUGAAUUAGAAAUCAGGUGAAGACGGAGAGAACUGGCCAUUUUUUAUGUUUGAAAUGUCAAAUAACACAUAAAUAAGUAGUUUGCUUCAUUUUAUCCACAAACUUGACUUUUUUCGUUAAAACAAGUUGAGAAAACAGGCAUUUUCACCCAGAAAUGGCUUGACACCUACUACUUAUGACAUCAUGUUUCGUUACUAUAUUAACUAGAAAUACGUGUGUCACAAAACCUUGCGAAGCACUCGAGGAGGCCCAUAAAAUAUGAGGGAUGGAAAAGGGGAGAAAAUUGGUGUAAAUAAUAACUAUUUUUCCCAAAUGGGUGCGAGAGAUAAAAGAAGAGCUAAUGAAAAAGUCAGAUUUCCAAUGUUUGACCGUCUAUGAAGAAACUAAACAAAACCUCGUAAGGGAUGUGGCAUCCCACCCCCUCUUGUAGAACCGCGGGUUAAAGCGCGUGUCACUGGCUUAACAACUUGUACAUACCACUAAAAGUUUACUACUGCGCAUGUCCUCCUUAGUUCCCUAGCUACAUUCUUCUUCUUCAUUCUUAUUUUAGCCACUCACCCCAGACCGCUUUGAAAGUCUAACUUAACCUUUCACAGAAUGAGAAUUAAGAAGGAUUAAAUUUCUUUGCUGGGUUAAAAAAAAGGGUUAUAUAUCUUAGUCUCAAACACAGUUGAAUCAAUUAUUUUCACCUAGAAUCCAAAAACGUAGAAGUUUGUAAAGAAUUAAAAUAAGAUUUCAUUACAUUUCUACCUUUGAAACAUUUGAUAAAAUUGUUAAUAUUAACUGCUUACCUCCGAAGUCCUCGGUGUUUAUGUAAUUGCAAACUCUGCCAAUAAUCGUUCUCCGUCUUGUCCUUAUCAGCUGGGUCCCAAGAAAGAGGCUAAACAGUUCAUUUUGGCUUUAUUUUGUUUAAUCGAAAUACGUUACUUAUAACUUAUUAUAGACAGAUUUUUGAAAACGUUAUUGGAAAGUGGAUCUUUUGUGCCUCUAAGGUAGCCAUUAUGAAAACUAAGAGUGCAACCAUUGCUUUUUAUUUUGUCUUCUCCUCCUUUCUUCUACCUCGCUCUUUCUUUUUCUCAUUUCCUUUUCCUUUUUUAUUGUGAUUUUGAAGAUUAUCAGGCCCAAGAAACCUAUCUUUUGAGGCCUUUUCACUCAACUGACGACAAAUGUCAUUAGACUGGUUUUCAAAAAAUCGGCUAGAUAUACACCUAUAUAUAUUUAUUACUUACGGUUAUCUAAAAGAAUCAUAUUUACACAAGUGGGCGCUCUGACUCUAUUCAGCCAAAAUUCUGGAAAUUUCGGUUACAAACCAGAUGGAACGGACCAUUUCGGUUGGGGCCUACCGGAGUAUUUGGGACCACCUUUGAAGGUCACCACUCUGACCGGACCGCUCAUUUCGGUAGGGCGGAUGGCCCUUUCCAUUUGACAUAGUUGUUGUCCUCAGUACCCCUCAUUUGCAUCCUGCUUUCAAGAACAAUAACCAAACUUGUGGUGGCAGUGGGUCCGGUCAGCACAAUCGGAAUGCACUGUUUCACUUGGGACGUGGAAUUUCCCAUCCUCGGAGACCCAGGGGCAGAUAGUGGGGGCGAGGGAAAGUCUAACCGAGGGGAAAAAUAAUGCACAAAGAAAAGUAAAGAAUGGCCAGAAGAGCCCCUGGGGACAAUGUCUUACCAGACCAGUUCCAAAGGUCGCCGCCGUUCUGGCUUCUGAUUGGUGCCAGAAAACUUGGUUUUUCUGGCACCAAUCAGAAGCCAAAAUGGCGGCGACCGUUUGGAACUGGUCUGGUAAGACAUUGUCCCCAGGGGCUCUUCUGGCCAUUCUUUACUUUUCUUUUGUGCCAUAUUUUUCUGCCUGUUUAGACUUUCCCUCGCCCCCACUAUCUGCCCCUGGGGCUCCGAGGAUGGGAAUUUCCGAAAUUUCAAACAGGAAUUUUUGUUGAAUGGAAAGCGCCCUUUAUUUCUAAGGAGGGAUUCCAAAUGCCACAAGCGCAAGACAACGACAGAGAGGAAGGACUUUCACGGGCUUUGGCUCACACAGCUUUAGGCCCAUCAGACAUGGACUCAAGAAGACACCCAAGUGUGGAUUCAAAAGACCAAAAACUGAGACACAUUUCCGCCGGAGGUAUGUUUCAAUCGUCAGUUGCUCAUUUGUUUCGAAACAGUUUGUCGGAGACAAUACAGUAUUUUUGCAUCACUUUAAAAAUGCAAUUUGAAUUUAUUUGACAUAUUUGCAUUUUAAAUGAUAAGUUUUCUUUCUGUUGAAUUCAAGCAUUUAUAUUUUUAUUUCAUUCCCGGUUUAAUUUCCCAAAUGCUUUUUGUUCAUUAUUGCCUAUUCUGCCGCAUUUGAAUAUAUUUAUAUAGAUAUUUGCGCCUUAAAAGUUUUUGAAAUUAAAAAAAAAAUUGUGGCGGUGGUGGAGCUAAAACAAACAAACAAAAAUGUGGUGGUGGUGGUUGUAUCUAACUUCGCUAUAGAGCUUGUCACGGGUUUCUACACCAUCUCGAAGAGUAGGCUAGCCUGCGAACAGCAGACGUAUUUCCGGUCGUCGCUUCUCUCCCUCCGAAAAAUAACAACGUUAUUUUUCUGAGGGAGAGAAGCAACGACCGGAAAUAUGUCUGCUGUUUGCAGGCUGCGAGAGUAGGCAAAUGCGUGAGAAAUUGCAGUGUUUGUAUAGAAUUGAAUGUCGAAAAAUUUCUGUAAAACGGUUGUUCUGAGAAAAAAAAAAAAAUAUAUAUAUACAUAUAUAUAAAUUGCAAACAAAAGCUAUACAGCAAAGAAUUUUAAUAACAAAUUUUGGGGGCCGUUACUGUGCUUGAACUUCUCCAGACGCUUGCUUUAGAUUUUCCAUAUAUUUGCAAGUAGUUCUAGCGCUUGUAGCUGCAUGUAACGCCCUCAAAUGAUUUCAGUAGAAUCGUUUGGCGUAAAGCUUUAGUUUACAAUUUAUAGCGGAGCUCCACGCGCGCUCAAGGGGAGCCCCAUAGCUAAGAAAAUUUGGUUAUGACGUCAGUGUACGACCCCCCAUCUGUACAGACGCUGGGGAAGGGGGAAGAGAGUCAGAGGUCAGCCCGUCAGGAGAGGAGCAUGUUAUAGCUGAGGUGAAAUUUUGCAUUUCAAACACCUCGCUCGUUUCGGCCGUAAAUCAAAUGCACAGACUUUUCAGUAGAGAGAGAGAAAAAAAAACGAGUCUUUCUUUACACUAAAUUUUAAUGUCUACGUUAACUUAGAUAACAGGGAAAAAGCUAGAGCGAGAAAUAAGUAACAACGGAGACCAUUUUCGUUGGACGAAAAACAUGAAAAUUUUAGAGCAGCGGUUAGAAAAUGAGAAAUGCUAGUGGCUAGCAUAGUGAAAAUGAGCGGCAGUGACAAAGCAGAGUGAACAGGAACACAAAUAUUCCCUCCAUAAAACGUGUAAAGAGGAAGUUAAAAGAAGUCUCAUGUUUUAGUCGGGCAAAACAACGGCAAGGAAAUGUACAAAACAGUGUUUAUUUGCUACUUAGAUCUGUUGUUGUUGUUUUUUACUUUUCUCAUUGUUUUCACCAUUUCUUUAGUAUUAUGUUUAUUUUAUAUUUUCUUUGAGGAAACUAUAAACAUUAAAGAGAGCUUCGCUUUUAGCCCUGGCUAAAUCUAUAUAUUUCUUUCUUUAGAACAGCCGUUUUACGGCAAUUAUUCGGCACUAGAUUGUCAUACAAACACUGUAAUUUAUCACGCGUUUACCUACUCGUCAAGAUGGCGUUGAAAACCGUGACAAGGCCUGUUCACAAUAGGAAUUAACUUUAAUUACAAAUAAACUGUGUCAAACGAAAUGUCAAUGUAGGGUCGUUGUGGGGUCAAUGUGGUGGAGGGAAAAUGAAAAUAAUAAUAAUAAAAAAGAUAAAAGUGGCGAAUAAAUUAAUUGUGGAGAAAGGCGGAGGGAGGUGGGGUAAGUAAAACACAGUCUUUGGUGCUAAAAGAACUGGUUGUCUUCUUGCUCAUUAAUAUGUACGAUUUUCCCUUUAGUAAAGAAAACGUGCACAUAAUUACGUUACGGCUUAGUAAUUUUAAGACACAGGCGAGUUAAAGGUUGUUUCUUAGACACCAUGAAUUAACCAAUAAAAACGUUUCUUAUUACCCAAUAAUCAACCAAUCGAAAACCAAGACAUUUAUCGACCUCAAAAUAACAAGAAAACCUUUCAGACCGAUCAACUCACUUAAAAAUAGCCCAUUACCUAAUCUUGAUACAGAAUCCACCGAAUUAUAUUCAUGAGAUAAAGACAAAAGGCUAUGACUUCAUAGGUGUACAAGUAUUCCCCCGCAAAUUAAUGAUAUUUCCCCACAAAAAAGGAUAAUUCUGUCCUUAACAUACUACGUUAGUCUACCUCAGGAGCACACGCAGAAUACUGCAUUGGGAUUAUGAUAGUACUUUUAAGAAAGUAUUUUAUCUUUUUUAAGACAAAUUGUAUUAACAGAAUCAGCAGCGGCGUUAAUGACAUACGGUGUUCACCCAUCAGUGAAAUUGUUGUUUUUUACUGAACUUUUCCACUUACACACAGGAUUUGGCGUGUCAUGUUUUAUGAGGUUAUUUAGAAAAUUUUUUUUCAGAUUACCUUUUCUAUAUUUUUAGGUGGAGUUUGCUCAAAGCAAGGAUAUCAACAGGCAAUACCUCUGUGCCUACCAAACAAUUGCAAUUGGGAUUCUGAAACUGGUCAGUAUGUUCAAACAGAAGAGGAACAUCGAUCCCUGUAUGUGGUGGAAGAGGCCCUUGAACAGCUCAGGAAAAUAAAAGGUAAAAUUGUCAGUGGCUAUUCAUUGCCCAAUGGCACUGUCUAGACUGUCAGCCUUUUUUCUUAAAAUCUGCCUAGUUCUUAUCUCAUCCAGCGCUAUUGCAAACCACGACGGUAUUAUUAGAAUAAGGUAUUGAGACGAGACGAGAAAGGACCAUUCUCGUCCCCAGAGCCUGUCGUUUGUUGGUCACGUGGUCCAAAAACGAGGGUCUCUGGAAGCAGCUGUUACCGGAAGUCAGAAAAUUUCUGACAUCUGGUCGCGCAUGUGCAGAAGUUACAAAUAUCACUGUUCAUGCUCAUAACGGAUUUUUGUCUCUUACCGCUCGACUGGGGAAAAAAAAAUUACUUCCUGAGGUCUCUCUAGAGAGUGGCUUCUUUGGGAUGCUUUGAAAAUACAGACUUUACUAAACUUGGAUUAGCUAAUAAUUUGGAGUUAAAAGAAGACAUUAACAGAAACCGGCUGAACACACUGUUGGUUUGCAGAACCGAGACAAUUAAUCGACAGACUAUCGUCUGAGUUAUGUGUUUUGUUUUCAAUACAUUUGGCGAACAAACACUGGGAAAGCAAGAUCUCGAAGAUCAAUAUAAUGCGGGAAAAAGCCAAUCUAAAGAGGUAUCUUGUUCCAUGUGCUGCAAAUGCUAUCUUACUUCAAAACGCUUUUUGAAACGAAACCAUAAAUGUGUUGUGUUAAGAAAGUAAAAUUUAUUUCAUUUCACUCGAACUACAUGUGUGUUUUUUCCUAUGUUUACUUCCUUUGGAGGUGUUGCAUGUCUUGGUAUUAAUUUUGCACAUGAGCUUUUGUGUACAACAAGAGUUAAGACAAGCAAAGGAUUUACGUCAAAACAAAUGAAUAUUAAUCAUUUUACCAAUCCAGGGUAAAAAACAUAUAGUACAAGGUUUGUCCAGGAGAAGUGACAGUCUAAUACACGGCCGUUUUUCUCCAUGGCAAUUUUAUACAGCACUUAAAGGUAACCCGAGUGAAUCAAAUUCCAGUUCAGUUCUCUCUGAAACUUAAGCCCGGCCCCAGUUUUCUAACCCUGAUCAUAAAACUUCAGGGUCACUUGGUGUUUAUGGGGACCAUUCAGUGUUCUGCUAAAAAACAAUUAUUUACCGAGGUGGAGGUGGCUAGUGGUGGACCCGGGACGCGAGAGGGGCGACACUGAGGUGAAUAAUUGUUUUAGUAUAUACUAAAACAGUGAGAUAAUUGAGCACCAAAAUGAUGAUUUUCAACACAUUUACUGUUGCCAAUGAUUACAAUUUUGGGGCGCAAUGACCGAACGGCCGCGGCCGUAGCUUUUUCUUGCCGACAAAUAAACUUUUGAAGGCAUUUGUUAAACUAUACUUGAGGGGAAAUUUCUUGAAAAGGAGUUGUGAAUUCUCUUUUUACCAUUCCGUUAAAAAAGUAUUUUUAAAAUUUAGUUUAAAGCUUAUUUAUGAACAUGUCGCUCGCUCGGAGGGACUGGAGGUGAAUCAGUGAAUAGCGCUGGAUAGUUACUGAUUGAGUAGCCAAUCAAAGCGCGCGAAAAACAAUAUCCACAGUUUUAUUAUAUACUAAAAGGAUAUAUUCUCCUGAAGAUUUCAGGUAUCAUCUCCUAACUAAAAAUCAUCAUCAGUCACCUCAAAAGGAGAGUUUUCAAUAAUUUUGCUGUCAGACUCAGGAAAUCAUGAAUACUUGAAAAAUGUUAACUGUUGUAGUGACCAAUCACCGUAAAAUUCAGUACACAAACCACAAACUAAUUACCAUUGCUGUUUGAGGUUUUGUUUUCUCACCCCCUAUUAGCUUUUUCUUUGCAAGGCAAUAGUAUUCCUUAUUAUUUGUGGUGUUCAUGGUUUUGUAACUUUCACAGUAUAGGUGAACUCUUGUCACUUCUGUUGUAGGGGUAUAAACAGUUAUAUGUACUUUUGAUCACGGUUUACUAAUAAAAAGAGUCUCCCAGGACACUAUUUUAGUAGGUAGUGAUGGUAAUCGUUCAAAUGCAUCCACAGAGAAACCUGUUUAAGUUCCCUUAUGGAGCCCAUGGGUUACACAUCUUUGGGGUUUUAAGGUUUGUUUUCUUUCUUAGGGGAGGGCUUAUAACCAGUGGGACAUUUUUCUUGUUUACUGGUAAAUGAGCCUAUAACUGGCGGACGUAUAAGUUGGGGGGGGGGAGGCUUAGAAGCAGUAGUUUAUGGUAGCCUGUUACGAACAUUCAGGUAUUGGGGAAGGUGCCAAGAGAACAACACUUAAAAAACCUGCAUUUUUUAUUAAUUAUGCUCUACUUCUCACUAACUGAAUGCCUAGAACACUUUAUCACGUAGCUGUACUUUCUUAUCUGGAACAGUGAAAUGUAGAGUAAUAUACGCACUGUAUAUAGACUGUAGGCUUUAAGAGAUCCCCCUUAAGUAGUACACUUUGAGUAACACAACCUGAAAGCAUUUUCUUGGGUAGCUGCACUCAUUAUGUUUUGAAAGUGGAGUUCCAGACCUGGUUUGAAAUUGAGGAUAGAAUUUUGGAUCAGGCCCGAAAUAGGAAAGUCCAAAUCACAUAGUUUGGUCAAAAUUUGGCAAGGCAAGAAGCAUACUGUAGGGCCAACCUGAACUGAUUUUUUGGGGGUACUCGCCCUUGCAAAAUAGAAUUGAGAAUUCCUAGGAUUUUCCUAAGAAUUCCUAGGAAUCAAGGUGUGAAAUUUCAUGGUAAUUGGAACAUUGAAUUCCUAAGAAUUCCUAGGAAUUCCAAGCUUUGCUCACCCAUCAGUUGGCUUGGAAAAUAUUCCUAGGAAUUCUUAAGAAUUCCUAGAGGAAUUGAAAGAAUAUAAACAGAAUGAUUACUUCUUAGGGAUUCCUAGGAAUUUCCCAGGAAUUCCUAGGAAUUCCUUGCAAUAGCUUGGAAUAGCUAGGUCAAUAGGGAUGUAACAAAUCGACCUGCUGCCCGAAUUAAGGGAUAUUUGAAUCAAAAACUGAUUUGCAUUUAAACUCUUAUGUUAAGGAAGUUAAUACUAGAAGUUGCUGUUUUGCUCUCUGAACCAGAAAUCCAUAAGGCAAAUGUACAAAAACUGAAACAAUGUUUAUUCCAGUAAUAACUGAAGAAUAGCUCUCCAUGUUAACUAAAAAUACUUCUUCCGCUUUAACUUGACUUAAAAAUUUCACUGCACUGAUUGUUUAAAUGUUCCAAAAAUUACAACAGUGACCUCAAAAAAUCUAAUUUUAAGACAAUGACUUUUUGUGAGGUAGGAAUCAAAUAAUUCAGUAUAAUGACUGUAGUCCUUAUAUACAUAUUAAUAAACGUUCUUGAAAAAUAAAUAAUUAUUUUGUUGUAAAUAAAUUGACCAAUUUUCUCUAUAAUGAUAAGUAUAUUAUUUCUAAUUGAAUGUAUCAUAAAUUAUAAUCUUGACAUUAAAUAAGCAGCAACCAAUUCAAAAUUAAACGAAUAACUGCAAAUACAUACACUUAAAUACAUGUACUAAAUUUUUAAGUGCAAUGAGAAAAUUUCUGCAACAAUCAUUAUUUUCUAGAAGUUGUCAACUGUUUUUACAAUCACAAAAUAAUUCAUUACAUUAAAAUUUUCUAAUAAUCUGACCAGAAAUUAAAGGUCAAUACCAUUAAUCAAAUUUUCAGAAAUAGCCACUUUAAUUUUUUUAACUUGUUGUGACAUUAUAAUAUCUUCCUGAGCUACAAACAAUAAAAUUUGCACUUAAAUUUUCAUAAAAUUUCAUCACUAGAAAAAUAGUGUUAAGCCCUCAUUACUAAUUUACAAAUGACGGAUGGGGACCUCUGUGGGCAUGGUCCACAUUUGGCUUUGAGGAUAUGAAAGGGACUAUUAUGGAUUUGACACAUGGCACAGGAAAUGAUUAUAGACAGGUACCAAUAAGAAUAAUACUAUAUUUAUCUCUAACAAAGAGAAGAAAAGAUGUGUAGUUGCAGUUUUAUUUCUCCCAAAAAUCAAUGUUAGAUUUGAAAAAUGUCAUUAGUGGUAUAAACAUCCAAAUUAGCAUCACAACAGGCCGCACAUAUAGUGUUCUACCUGAAAGCAAUAGUAUUGGCUAUUACUCUGCUGUCCCUUGCCCAUUCUAUGGCUACGUAAGUGUUGAUUUCCCGUACAAAUCUUUAAAUACUUAGGAUACACUUACAUGGUAUGAUAUGCAAAAGAAGUAUUUACUAUUCACUCAGAUCAUAGAGUUCUCCAAAGAAACAGGUUGUUGAUACUUGUACAUAGAAACAGUAUGCAGAAAUCCAACAUAGUUGGUAAAACACCGGUAAUCCUAGCCCUUCAACCCCUUAGAGUGACCAACAAUAACAGUUUAUCCUUACUAUGAUAUUGUGUAGUUCACAACUUGCAGCUCCUGAAUAUUGUCACAGCCACUUACUUUUCCAGAGUCGGCUGCCUAUAACUUCAAAAAAAUUUGAAACCCCUGUACCUAUAUGUUCAAAGCAGGAAAAUUCUAAUACAUACAAUAUUUAAUAACUAUUUCCUUUCAACAAGAUGAAUAAUAUAACAUUUAAUUUUCAUUUUAUCAUGAUUAGUAACAUAUAUUCAUUGUAAUAUAGCUUUUUAGUUAAUUGUGGUUGUACUUCAGAUUUUUUGAAGGAAAAAGUUAAUACAUUUUCUACAUUUGGCAGGCAUUAAUUCUCUCAGCAGAAUGUUACCUAUGAAGACCAUGUCAUAAAAAGGAGUACUGAUGACUUGAAGUGAAAAUUUUCAUGGACUAUGACCUUUCAUGGCCUUUUCAUCUUAAUGGCUCAUGAAAAUUAAUCACUCACCCCUUUCAUGGGGGUAAGGGAAGCAACACUAACACCAUGAAAUUGUCCUUAAAAUCACAUGAAACUGAUCUGUAUGAGCAAUAACCACGUGUAUGAAACCUAGCAUCAAGAGCCGGGGGGUCCCUUGGCUAUUAUCAACGUGGAAGAAAAAAUGGAAGGAAAAUGGAAGAAAAAUAGAACCAAAAAGAAAUCCCUAGCUGUUUGAUUCCCUGCUUACUUGUUGUAUUAAUAUCCACCAACUUGAAAUCUUAGUGACAUCCCUACCUACAUGUUUAGACAACACAUAGAUCUAUAUACAUGUAGUGUAAAGUAAACUAUCGCUACAGUCAUGAUUGAAAAAAAAAAAGUAAAACAUAACCUGUUCAGGUGCAAUCUCUAGAUAGUGAGAUAAUGUAAAGUAACAAAUACCUAGUCAUGAUUGAAAAAAAAUAUAAAAACAUACCCUGUUCGUGGAAUCUCUAGAUAGUGUUUGUUUUUAAUCCAAAUGACAAUAUCAGCUGAAUAUUCUCUUUUUCGUAAUUUAUUUUAUUCAACAUACACAUCACCACAUUCCACAUACAUGCAUGUGAAUAAACAUCUUCAAAUAAUUAAUACAGUGCAUGAAUAUGAAAAAAAAAACAAAACAAAAUGACUGCUUUUUCCAAUGUCGCCGAUGCAGCCUUCUGAACUGAAGGUCCACACAUCAGGCAAGUGCCAGUGCUAGUUGUUUUUGACCUUACUAUUGCAGCGAUUAUUAAGAUUACAUGUACCAGAAGAAUUUAAUAUAUAACCUUAUGCAACUUAUACUAUGAAUUAAAGUUCAAAUGAACAAACCUACCGGCUGUAUUCUAAUAUUUUAUAUGUAAGUUCAAGUCUCAAGUCCUUAUAAAUUAACUGGAAAAUUCAUUGCUUCUAACUUGUAUAGUAGCCAUUGGAAACUCAUACUGCUAUUUUUUCUCCUAUUUUAUCUAACAUUGGACUUGACAAGUCUGCUAUAACCUUGUAGCGCCAGAACAUACAGUUUUCAGAGUAUUCCAUUGACUAUUUGCAACAAAGUAGGGUACAGUUAUUUCGAUCUGCAGUAAACAAAAAGCAGCAAAAAGGGAUCUGAUCAACGGCAUAUCUUUGCAUGCAUCUUUGAACUUUAUAAGCUUAUUUACGCAAAGUUAUUAAAAAACAUACCUUUCCAUAUUAAUCCAGCUGAGUAAACUCACUUGCAAACAUGCUUUAUGUGAACACAAACUUCGCAAUAGUGAUCAAUUUGUCUCGAAAAUAACAUGGAUAAUACGAAAAUACUUUGUUGCUAGUCCGCGUGAAUUUGAACUAUUCAAGGGAAGUUCGUUUCGCACUUUUCUAUUGGUUCAAAAGUCGCACGUGACAAGGUAAAUCAAAUCGUGCAUGUGCCAAAGGCACGCGUGGAAGCCUGGGAAACAAGAAAACAUGGCGGCUAAUCUUGCGGGUCAGCACUCGUUAACAUUCGUCGAAAGGCCCUCUUAUCUUCGGUCGGAUUUCGUAAACGUAUGACGUCACGUUCGCCUCGAAGUUAAAUAUGUGAUUCAUCUGCACUUCGAUCGUCUGUAUCCGACUUGUUUGAUUUUUGGUGAGAGAUUUUGUCCCACUUUUUGGAUCAUUCCUCGAUUGAUUCCAAUCAAUUCAAACAAGAAGAUGCCACUGCCUCCGUUUAAAGGAUGUUUUGAUGUUUCAAGUGUCUUCUUACUCCGCGGGGAAAAGGAACUUUUAGUGGAUGUUACUUAAUAACAUCCUUUGAAUGGCCCGAGAUUAUGGAAUGCCGUUUGUAUCAAAAAUACUUCUUACCAUAUGUAAACCUUUACAUUAAAUAUAUAAAACAUUUUGCUUUAUGAAUAAAACUUCUUAAUUUUAGUAGUAAGGUUAUAGUGCACAAUUAAAACUUGUUACAAAAUAUAUAAAACUUGUUGAAAAAUAUAAAACUUUUAACGAUACAUAAAACUUGUCAAUAUAUAAAACUUGUCACGCAAUCUAGAAAGGUGCAGGGGCGGUUGCUUGGCAAGGUCGGCAUUAUAUUCUACCCACCAAAACCACAUCGAUCGAGAGGGACUGAGAUUGAAUUUUGAAUAACUUAAAAGUCGUAACCGAAGAUUCUCAGAAAAUGUACGGAUGAUAUGCACGAACAACCGAACAUCCGAAUACUAGAUCGGACGUUCUAACCACUGAACCACCAGGGCUCUAGCGUUAGCGAGGUUGGAAUUCUACUAUACCAGUAGAGUGUACUACACUUCUGUACUGAGAGCUGAAAGAAAGAGAAAGGCUCGAGAAAGGCUGCGUCCAUUUCACAGUUGUGGGGGUGCAGAAAAUAUAUCAGGGGGGUACAGUUUCAUGCAUAAUGACUGAGAUGUUAGUAAGAUGUUGGAAACGAGCAAAGCGGCGAGAACGAAUCACGAAGUUCGCUGGUAAGUGCUCGUUCUUUCUCACGCGGAGAAAAAUCAAGAACAACCUCUGGAGCCAGGGUAGCUAGGUGUAAAUUACAGCGAGUUUUAUAUCCCCCCCCCCCCCACUGCAAGAAGAGGAUUCUUUCCGGCAUGGAUUUUAUGGACUAUAUUGACUUCCAAAAUUAUUUAGGAUUGACUCCCAAAAUUCUAAAUUUGUAAGACUUCUGAAUGUACAUUCACAAUUGCGUUUUUCGCUGCCGUUUCAUAAUUACGAUCACAAGCAACGAACCUUGAAACACACAAACACACAAAACGGAUCAAAAUCCACCAAUCACAAAUCACAAACCUUGACCUUUUGAACCCGUUAAAGUAAAGUUUUGUUUUCUAAGAGGUCCGUUAAGAUGAUUGACGGCAGCGAAAAACGCAAUCGUCAGUUGGCUUUUGAACUUCAGAAUUCGCAUGUUUGUGAAAAGCGCAGUAAUAGAUGAACCUAGGGCGCGAUCCAUUCAACCAAAAUUCCAACUGGUCCGACCGGGAAAAGUGGUCCACCUCAAAAGGUGGACCCGUUUUUUCGAAACUUUUCCGGUUGGACCGAACCGGUCCAUUGAGUUUUGGACCGAAAUUUUCGGAAAUUUUGGUUGAAUGGAUCGCGCCCUUAGAUACACACCAAAGUUCCCAAAAUCUUUGUCCACUUUGAAGCAGGAAAACUUGGUCGUCGAUCUCGUUUCAAACUCUGCGAUGAGUUCUCAGCAAUUUUCCUAUCGAACGCGGGUUCGUAACUUAAAAUUCCCGCCAUGAUCUUCUUGUUUGUUUCCGGGGAUAAAAGUAAAAAAAUAAAAUAUUUUGUAUGUGUAAACAAUAACAACUUGUAAAAACCAUGAUUAAAAUUUUCAUUGUGUCAAUAAUUAUUAUGCUUUAAGAGUAGGGUCUUAAAAAGUCCGUCAGUACUUUGCAGAAGCGUAACUAUAGGCCUAGAAAAAUUAAAACCCUUGCCUCUUUGGAGAUUUAACAAUGGUUAUAGGAAAGGGCUCAUAUGUGCGGUCUGGACAGGUCGAGUGGUUUUGGUGGAUGUAGACUUCAACAUCCACCAAAACCACCAACAGUGUUUGGGGCUAGAUGUGUAUCAAGCCCCAUGAAAUAUCUGAAACAUGUUUUAAAACUUUAUGCACAAUAUUUGCCGAAAUACAGUUAUACUCGUUAUAUUCAUCCUUUGUUGGCGAGAACGCGAUCUCCCAAAUAUAAUAAAGCUCAAAGCAAAAGAAAGGCGAAUCCCCGAGAGGCGAAUACAUCAAAACAUCGUAGGCAUCUUUCAUCUUUCCAGUCCAGCACCCAAUGAAACCCUUUGCUUUUGCCUUACUCAUAGUCUUUCUCUUGGCCAGUAAUACAUGUACCAAUGCAAUUGAAUAGCACAAUUUUUGCUUACGACUGUCGUACGCGUCUAGCACAUGUCAUGACUUUAUGACAGAUUGUCCAAAAUUAGACACAUGAUGCAUGCUAGUCACACAUGAUAGUCUUAAGCAAAAAUCAUACUGUCUAAAUCAGCCUUUAUUUAGUAGUCCGAUAUUAUUAAAAUUACAAAACAGGUUACAUGUAUGUAGGGAUUCAGGAGCAAGCAAUGUCAGUCAUUAAACAUUAACAAAAACAUUUAUAAUAGUACUAUCUGUUCUAUGGAUAUUUUGCAUGUUUAAUUCAAAGUUGUGACAAAACUUUUUGCAGAAGGCCUUGACAUGUGCAGUGUCCUAUCCAGUCUUUCCAUUAUCCAUGAUUCAUCGCGCAAAAUGCAUGUAAAAACAUUCGCCAUGAUGGAGGACUAAAAAAGAGACUGCGAACCAACCCUUUGCCAAGCAACCGCCCCUGCACCUUUCAGGAUUGCGUGACGAGUUUUAUAUAUUGACAAGUUUUACGUAUCGUGAAAAGUUUUAUAUUUUUCAACAAGUUUUAUAUAUUUUGUAACAAGUUUUAAUUGUGCACUAUAACCUUACUACUAAAAUUAAGAAGUUUUAUUCAUAAAGCAAAAUGUUUUAUAUAUUUAAUGUAACAAGGCUCGAAAUAAUUUCCGGAGAGACUUCAGACACGAUGACCGGCCAAAUUCAUUUUAACUCGGUCACUUAUCGUUUCUGGCCGGUCAAAUUUAUGAGACAAAUAACUCUUAAAACAAGGGCCACAAAACAGCUGUGGGUUCAGAUAUUUCGCGGGGUCGAGGGGCUGCGAAAUUUGUUAGAAAUCUUAUCUAAUACAUGUCGAUACAACAUUUUGAAACUUAUCUCGGCUAUUGGGGCUGUUAAUUGCCGUCAACUUCAUCCCCACAACGAGCGAACAACAUUCCAAAACUACCAGGCAUAAGUUAUGUUGGGGACAACUGGGCACUAGUCAUGAUGUUUUAAAAAGCUUUGCCACUGGCUCAUUUCUCGAGACACUCACUGAAGCCAUGUUUACAUAAAUUCAUGUCAGAUUUAUUUAUUUAUUUAUUUAUUUAUUUAUUUAGGCUUACUUAUUUUAUGCUUUGUAAUUAAACUGUACGUUUUGGUUUGAAGCCAUUGAUACUAUGAAGUCUUCAUCUACACGAUAUGUGCAAGUUAUUUCUUAGGUUGCCCUUCAGGUCAGUGGGUUUGUUCAAGAUUUUUUGUAAUAUGUUUCUUUAACGGUACAUCAAUGAAUGAAUGGUGGAAUCAAUACUUUUAAUUCAACUUAAGUAACCUCUCAGAGUUUUGACUUGGCUUCUUGUUGUUUUGUCAAAAAUAUUUCCUGUAAAAACUGAAAGGGGAGGGUCCAAAGAAUUUGGAAAUGGUAUCUUCCCAUCUGCAUUAGCCCUUUCCUCUCUGUAAAUAAUCCCCACUCCCUGAUUUCUUUGAGGUCUUGCUUGAAUAUUAGUUUAUAAGUGUACCUUAAAGCCUCUUCUGCUGUAAUUGUUCCUUCAACUUUUACAGUAAAGGCAUGUCAUUUGUUUUUUGUUUUCUUGUGCGUUAUUGGCUGUGUGAUUUGACUGGUGGGUCGAUUUUGGUGCACUCUCGAUCCUCUUUUCUCUCUAUAUAUGAUAAUUUGUUUUCUUAUUCAGCAUCAAAGUGUUGACCAAAUUACACUGGAAUUAUGCUGCUUGUGAGAGGCAUCUGUUCAACUGAAAUGCCCCAUACAGUGGCGCAUCCAGACCUUCAGAUAAGGGGGAGCCUGGUCAUCCAGACCCUGAGAUAAGGGGGGAGGGAGGGUGGUGUCCAAAAAAAUUUUUUUCGGCCCUUCAGGCCUCAGUUUGGUCCAAAAAUAAGGGGGGGCCCGGGCUCCCCGGGCACCUCCCCUAGAUCCGCCACUGCCAUAGAGAGGAGUAUUAAAUUUUGCUAUAGCUAUGAUCUAUCAUGUGGGCAACUAUUGUGCAAAGAAUUUUAGGUCUGAUUUGACCGAUCUAUAUGGAUGUUUGUUACUACGAAAAGAUGUAUACUUACAACAGUUGAGAUAAAUGCAGAUUUUUAACAUAGAAAUUAACUGCUGUGAACCCAGAUUAUUGUCUGUUAGUAAGAGGUGCAUGUAAUCUUAUUGGAAGUGUUGGUUAACAGAGGCUCUGUACAGUACGUGAUGGAAAUUGGGAUUUUUUCCCCUGCUCAAGUUCUGUGCAAACUAAAUGUUAAUGCUAUAACAGCAUUGAAUGUUAAUGCUGCCAUUUACAACAGUAGUUUAACCCAUUCGCCCCUGAACCGCCCGUAACCGCCCGUGCGGAUCCAGGUCCUUCCUACCCUUUGUGACGUCAUCAGUUUUAACGGUCAAGGACAACUUUCUUCGCUAACUUGUGCAGAGUGAAGAGAUCUUUCAAACCAUACCAGAAUGAGCACAAUUCAGUCAAGGACACCGGAGAAAGAGGCAAAAAACCACGUGACAAGGACCUGAAAAUCCUCAUGAAAAUCUUGUUCCAUUACCCACCUACCUUUCCUUUCACCUAAUCCUAAGAUCCGGAAAGCUUUCCUAAAAACUCUUCCCACCAAAAUGAAGCCUACUAAAUGCCCAGCAAGAGAAAAAAAAAAUGAGGCAAGAAAAGCGAAAAAAGAAGGGAGGAGAGAAAGCGAAAAGUAAAAGUCGAAAUUUUGCUUUCUGCGCAUGCCCGAACUUCGCAAGCUGAUAUUUUGCAUCUGGAUCAGAAGGCCGCCAAGUGUACGACCUGUAAACCGGUUUGUGGUAAGUUUUAGGUCUUUAUAGCACGACAGUGACCAGAAAACCACUCGACUAGCUUCAAAACGCGUUUUUCGGCAAAAUCUCCAGGAGCGAAUGGGUUAAGAACAUGAGUGAUGUUCAGAAUACUGAAAGUUUAAAAAUAUUUCAUUGUCUAACAAUGUAAAUUAUAAUCAUUAUAAUCAUUACUAUUACGUUAUUAUUAUAUCAAUUACAGUGAAACCUCUAUUAAGCAGGCACCUUUGGGACCUUCCCAAGUGUCUGCUUAAUAGAGGGUGUCCGCUUAAUAGAGGUUUUAAAAAUUGCACAGUGUUUGUUAAUGAUCAACAUUUAACGGUUACUCUGUACUGUGAAAAAGUUGCAUGUCGUUAAAGAAGCUAUCCAGAGUUCAAGUUCAUUACCUUUCAUUACCAAGUUAAUUUGUUUGUAGAUGCAAAAACAUUAACUGACUUCAGUAAGUAUUUCAAGGACGUAAUACAAUACUACUAUUGUCAAUUCAGUCUGGUGUCUGCUUAAUAGAGGUUUCUAACAAUAGAAAUUAGCCAAAUAUAACUUAUUUUAGUGUCCGCGUCCACUUAAUAGAACGUUAAUAGAGGUGUCCGCUGAAUAGGGGUUUGUUAAAAAGGGAAAUAUCAGACGUCCGUUUCGGGACCCGGCUUAGUGUCUGCUUAAGACAGGGUGACUGCUUAAUUGGGGGUCCACUUAAUAGAGGUUUCACUGUAAAAUAUUAUAGUCAUUGCUAUUACAAAUUGUGGCAAUACUAUCCAAAAUAUGCUUACCAUGCAGACAAACUCAGCCUCAGUCAUAGCUGUUUGCUUGAAAGGGAAUUGGCUUUAAUGUAAAUAGCAGGGGGGUGUUGCUUGCCCCCACCCCCCUUCCCUACCACCACCGCAGCCAUGUUUCUCAACCCAAAAUUGGUCAAGUGGAAAUGUUAAGAUUUUAUUGAACACCAGUUGUAGCAUCCAGGGCGCACGUUUUCUACCCUCCAACGACUCAAGAAGCACCAUGAAGCAGGAUUGUUUUAGCCUUUGUUUGAACAACUGCCUACUUAUACAUACCCGGCCAACUUUCGAUUGCGGAUUCUAUGGACACUGUUAAGAUCUCAGAGAGGUUUGCUUGAGCCAAUGAACUAAGCAAAUGACACUUUGGGAAGUUGGAGUAGGGCUAUGGUCAAUGGCCCACUUUGUAUAUAAGAGUGGCAGAUCUAGGAGAGGAGCUUGGGAGGCCCAGUCCCCCUCUUAUUUUUAGAUCAAACUGAGGCCACGCCCGAAGGGCCGAAAAAUUUUUUUUUGAGACUUGGCCCCCCCCUUAUUUCAGGGUCUGGAUGACAGGGUGCCCCCCCCACCUUAUCUGAAGGUCUGGAUCCGCCACUGUAUAAUAAUAUAGCUACUACUCACCUGUGCCUCUCAAACCUUUGCUUGCCUUGUAGUCCUUGUAGAGAGGACAACUUAGUGCAAGAAAUUAUGGUUUUCCGUUGUUUAAUACUGAUAUACUUAGCUUUCUUUUGCUGUCUUUCUUUUUGUACUCGUCUUUUUUUGUGUGAAUGUUUUGUGUAGCAGUGUGUGGUGUGCAGUACCUGACCCUUUAAUAUAAUCAUUUAUAAAUAACCUAAGUGAGGCUGCCCUAUCUUUUUAGCCCUAAAUGGUUAUUAUGGGCAGCCUGUACUCUCUAUAUAUUUAUCUCAUUUUUUUGUAUCAUGUAAAUCAAUGUAUGGCACAGCUGGGUACAAAUAAAGUUGAUGUUGUUGAAUUGGUGUUGUUGCCGCAAGCAUUCGACAUUGACAGACAUUACACACAUGGAUGAUUCUCUAUUUUUUUAUAUUCCCGCCAAUAUUUGAAAUUUGUUAAAUGGGGCAGCGGUUCAUUUGAGUUUUACUUGCUUGCAUUCGAUCCGGGGCCAUUCAAGUGAUGUUACUCAGUAACAUCCGCUGAAAGGACCUUCUUGAUGCGCCAAGAGGCUCGAUCGAGGCGAAACAUUAAAACAUCCUUUCCAAACAGAUGCAGUGGCAUCUUCUUGGUUUAAUCAAUCGAGGGAUGAACGAAGAAGCAAGACAAGACUUCGAAACAAACAUCAGAUCAUCAGACGAUCGAAUUGAAGCUUGCGUGAGUCACAGGGAAAACGAGGAGGAGAGCGUGACGUCAUACGUUUACGAAAUCCGACCGAAGACAAGAGGGCCUUUCGACGGAUGUUAACGAGUGCUGAACAAUCUUGCGACGUGCUCCCGUUUGGGCCCGGGGGGGACUCCCGUAUACUCGUCGGAAAUUUUGAAUUUAACCCCUAAAGGAGGCCAUCUGGGCGUGGCUCAAGCUUUUUGUGACCCCUAAAGGAGACCAAUCUGGGCUUGGCUGAAGCAAAUUUUGACCCCUAAAAGAGACCGCUUAAAAACACACAAAUACGACAUGCAACGAGUUUUAAUGAUAUAAAGACAUAACAAACAAAGUUAAAAAGAAAAUUAACUUCUGUUUCUCUUCGCGUAAUUCUGUGUUUCUUCGCGAAACCCUAAACGAGACCUUGGCGGCUUAAAAUAUUGGCGCUUUGCCCGGAACACCCUAAGCGAGACCAAAAUCCAAAAUUUACGUAGUUAUUUUCAGCGUUAAUUAAGAUGAAGCAACGCAUUUGAAGUGUUAAAAGCAAGAGGUAAACUUAACGUUGUUCUUUUAAGUUGGGAAAGAAAAUGUUGGACCACAUUAUUAAUCAAAGAACUGCGACGAAAAACGUGUUGUGGCCGUUGUUCGUGUUGGACAAAGCUCACAGGUUAGUGUAUGGAAAUCUGAUCUAACCAAAGACACCUUGAUCACACCAAGACCACGCCAUUUUAUUGCCUCAAGGGAUCAUUCAUUAGUUGAACGAACUGUAUCAAAAGGAAGCUCAAAAAGAUUGCAAAGCAAGGAACUGUUCGCAUGUUCAAGUGGACUUUCGACCUACGAGGAACGGUAAAUCCGAAGAACACAUUACAGUAAGAAACAGUUAUAAAAAUGGUAAUGAUCCUUGCAGUUAAAUGGACAUGAUCUAAGUGGUUGAACAAGUACCUGAAAAAUCGGGAAUCGAAUCUUGACCUUAGGAGAAAUGACAUGAAUGGAAAUAAUCGAGCUUACAUGAAAUGACUUUUUUUUUUGGAAAUGUGGAUAUAGAUAUGAAAGUAGAAAUGAUCCUCGCAGUAAAGUAAAUUACCCAUGCGGCUGAAAAAGAACCAUACGGAAAAUUCAGAAUAGAGGGUACUUCAAUAUAUUUCGGUAUGGUUUUUAUAUAAGUUUUGCAGAAUCGCUUUGUCAUCAGAUAUUGAAAAUUAGCUUUAUAUUAUUUCAUACAUCUAUAUAUACAUAAUUCAGUGUUGCUGCUUUUGAGGAAAAAGUUUUUUAUCUGAGUGGAAACAAGCAAGAUUUGUGUUUUGCCAGAAUGCCAAACUUUGUGGAAAGAAACUGGUGGACUUGUUGUAGCCUUAUGAUCUCUGUUUUUCCCUUUCUUGCACUAAUUUCUUAUAUUAUAUUACAUUAUUAACUCUUUUCUAUUUACCUAAAGAAGUUUUGGUCUUGAUCCUGUAAAAAAAAUGCAUUUCUAAUUGUCAUAAUAAUAAAUAGGUAGAAAUAUUGUAACAAAAUUGUUUCUAGUUCUUAUUUCUGUCACUUGUAGAACAUGGCCACAAAUUCUUGGCUUUCCCGGCUUCUGGUUUUCUGGCCGGGAAGGCCAUGAAAUGCUGGCCUAUUUUUUAGUGUGGCCGGAAAAGCCACGCUUCUAUGGCCAGGCUUACCUCAAAACCCUGGCCUUGACCGGGCUUACCAGGCUUUUCCGGGCCAUGCUUUCCUGGCAAGCCCGGCCAAGAUCUUGGCAAGUCUGGCCUGGCCGGGCUUGGCCGGGCUUGGCAUGCUUUUGACCACACUCCUGAUGCAAGGGUUGAGGCGAAUCAAGACAGCCCAUGUCUUGUGUGUUUGACUAAUUUCCGUGGAGUAUGUGGAUAAACAACGUACAUUUCAGACUGGAAAUACACUUCAUAUUUUUAAAAACGAGACUUCUCAUUUCAGACAACAUUUUGCACUGAAAGUGUACUGGACAUGUAACAGCCUUAAAUAUUUAUUGCUGCAAUAUGCUGUAAUAAUGUAAUUUAGAUAAGUUAAAUUGUUAUCUUAAUUUAAAUACUGGUUGGAGGUUUGUUACCAGAUUAGGUAACAUUGGGUUGAAUGUAAAAAUGUAAGUAUAGAAGGAUACAUUACCAACUUAUGUUCUGUAUUAUAAGUUUAGAAUAAUUGUUUUCAGUGCUAUCACUUAACAAAAUUAAAAUGUGAAAAAAUAAGAAAAGACUACGAAAUCUUCUACAAUUUUUUAAGUCUUUCUGAUUUCUUAAUAUCCCUGAGCUGAAUUCCUAAUUUGCAUAACUUAGAAUUCCUAGGAAUUCCCAGGAAUUUCAAGCCCAGUUGGCAUGAAUUUUUCUAUUCCCAGAAAUUCUCAACAAUUCUUAAGCUUCUAAAAUUGUAAAACUUAGAAUUCCUAGGAAUUCCUAGGAAUUCCAAGCCUAGAGUGAGACCUAAUUUGCCAUUCCCAAAAAUUCUCAAGAAUUCCAAGCUUAUUUGAUGAAGGCUGAUUUGCAUAGUUGGGAAUUUUUGGGAAUUCAUUUCGCAAGGGAGUGCCUCACCCCUAAACCCCACCCUCUGCAGUUGUAUUGAAUCUGAAUGUGGUGCUUUAUAGAGUUAAAAUUCAAUUUCUGCUCACAGCUUUUGAUAAUUUAUAAUUGUUUAGUUCCCUAAAAAUUCAUUAUCUCGUGUUAUGACAUGAGGGUUCCCAACUAGGAAAAAGUUUUACCAGAACUCUGAAUCAAUGACCAGUGGAAGCAAGUUUUAAUUUGGCUCAUCAUUAUUUGCCAAUAACCAAGUAAACUAAGAUGCCCUAUGCUUCAGUGAGCCAAGCUGUGUGCAAGCUCAAGGAGGGGUGGAGAGCAGGUGUGGUUAGUAUUGGCGAUUAAACUAUGAUAUUACUGUUGAUCAAGCUAUAAUGUUAUCCACCCUAUUAAAGGUGACAUACUGCAAAAUCCAGUGUUAUGAUCAACAACCACUUACCCCAGUAUGAUGCAAAAUAGACUACUCUAGACUGCUGUUCAUUUAUAAUUGUAUUUAUUAACACGUCAGUUGUCCAACGUUAAGUUUUCUUUUUUUUUUUGAAUUCUUAAACCAAAAGGUUGAGAACAUUGUGCUACCUUAUGUAGUGAUCAGAUAAAUAACAUAAUUGUUUAUCAAGAAAAAUUGUGCAAUAGCUGCUUUUUGUUAACUGUUUAUCAGUUAUUAAUAACCCCAGAGCACCUUGUUUAUAUUUGUCAAAAUGCCACACGACUGGAAGCCAAGCAAGGACUGUUAGGAUGAGAGUAUCUUCUUGCAAAACGUUUGUAGCAAGUCAACCACAUAGCCUUUCCUUUCACAGCCCAAUUCUUACUGUUAAAACAAAAAUUAUCAGAGGGCCCUCAAAUUAUCUAACCAUGAUUUAAGCAUUAAUUCAGCAGAAGAAAACGUAGAUUGGAAAGAGUACUUGCCCUAUCAUCUUUACAAAAUUCAAAAAUUGCCUUUUGCGAGCAGCCCAAAAAGAUUCAUAACCAAUUCAGUUCUGGCUUUGUGCACUGCCAUUAGUGGUCUUAUCAUAAUGAAAUAAAGGCUUAUACCAAAAUAUUAUCUUGACCUCAGUUUUGCAAAGGAGAUGUAAUUUCAACAGAAAACACAAUAAAUUAAGAGCACAUUGCAAUAAACUGGAUAAACUUAGCGUACAUAUCAUUUCUGUAAUAUAGUCGGAGCUUGAUUUCCUUUCCUACUGUAGCACCAACGAAUAUCUAGAAGAAUAUAAUUAGACAACUGAUUAGACUAAUUAAUAACGCCAUACCAGCCAGUAUGAGUCGCUCUAUUUUGACGAGCAAGGAGCAACAGGACAAACUCAGACCCUUUUUUUUCCCGGAUGCGCGGUCGAUACAGAGGCAAAGUUUAGCGCACAACAAAGGCAAUACCUUUUUUGUUAAGGCUCGUUGUCUUGGUAGAAACUUCUCAAACUUUACCUUCAGUUAUCUUCAGUGCCAUUGGAUACAAACAAAACGGGAUUGUCGCGAUCAACGAAAAUCAGGCAUGGAUUUCAUGCAAUUAUCACAGGCCGCAUUCUGCUUUGCUCAAUUCAAGAGCGCUCGUCUGCUGGGCGGCAGGUCGUGGGUUAAAACCCCUGCCGAACCAACAUUCAGGGUCAUUAAAUAACUGAGAAGAAAGUGCUGCCUCUUUAAUGACAUCUCUAAACCGUUAAGCUAGGUGGAAACGGACGCAACAACUACCAACAUUGUUGGGCCAACAAUGUUAAGAGUUGUUGGGUCCGUUUUCACUGACGUAUCUAAAAGUCUGACUCGUUUCAAAAUUUGCAGAACAACUCCCAACAACACGCAAAAACAUGCAACAGAGUAUGCAAAAACUCACGCAGCAGGUAACACUUAUGUUGGGAGAUAAUGGCCAACAAUGUUGCGUCCGUUUGCACGGGGCUUUAGACUUUCUAGUCUUCUCGGAAAAAAAGGAGAAAACCGUGGGUCUCGUAGUCAGACCCCGUUGGUGUGGCUACCCUUUCCUGGGUUAUCUGAUCCUCCUUCAGGAGUGGUAAUGACCACCUGUAAACAAUGACUGUAUGUAUGAUUUAGUGUUAGCUCAAAGUCUCGAUCCUUAAGGUACAUAUGAGGACUUGUAGGUCUAAUUGAGCUUCGAACGUGUGUUCAGUAUAGGUAAAUAUUCCUUUAACCAUCUAGACCACAAUUGAGAAAUCAGCUUUUGAAUUUUCUCCCAAUUCUUCCUACUCGAACCUUGUAAUAUCUAUACUCACCGGUGUGAACUGUCCUCCUAUAUGCCAAGACCAAAAAAAAAUGUUUGGACGCGACACCUUCAAAGCUUGCUGAUUAAUGACUCAGUGGCCCAUAAAUAACCAAACUCUCCGCGCCUUUAAAGCUGAUUAGUUCUUCGUAGGUGACACUACUGUCAGCUAAACCUACAUACAGAUUUUCUUCUCACACUAUCCCAUGUGCCUCACCAAUAUAAGAAGCACCUGGAGAGGAGGGGUUAAAAUGCCACUCGACCUCCCCCCGUUAAGUCUUUGGGUGAACCAUUUCUUUGUCGAUCCACAAGUUCUUCACUAGUUCAUUGACUGCUACAUCGAAGUCGUUUCCAUUAUCAUGAACCAUUUUUUGGCUUUCUUACUCCAUUUACUAUUUGAAAUGCCCAACAAAUGAACAGUGAUUCUUUCUGUCGGGUCCAUUUUAUGUCAUUUCCCCCAUUGGUCAGUUACUCGACAGUUUCAGGUUGUGAACGGGCAUUACUUUUGUCGUGUUUGUUUGGUUUUUCUCUCAGUCGACAUCCUUCGAUAGUUAUUUUGUAUUUUUGAGGUAGCCAGUUAAGCUAACGAUUCAUCAAUCACAGCGGCGACAAAUCUGUCAGUCGAGGAACGUUUUUUUUAAAUACAAGUCAUGAGACAUGAGACAUACGUCAAGCCAGUUUCCCUUUUUCCUUCCUUUUCUUUUUAGGCCCAGUAUGUGUAGCGUCUAUUGCCGGCCCGUACAGGAAAGGAAAGUCAUAUGUAUUAAGCGAGGCUUUCAGUCAACCACAAGUAUUUCCUCUUGGACAUCAUUUCACUCCUGAAACAAUGGGAAUAUGGCUAUGGAUAGUACCAGGAGUGUUUAAGGUUAAUGUUAUUCUGGUAACGAUAUUGAAUGAAAUACCAUACAGAAAAAAAAAAAAAGCCUUUUUUGAGGGUCUAUUAUAACUGAUUUACUUAAAAGUCAUUGGUGGCCCUUUUUCAGUGUCAAGUCUUAUAAAGCUGGAAAUGUUAAUUUCAUUGAAAUGGGAUCCAUAAAAUUACCGUCGACUUAUUCAGUACAUUAUGGAUACUGAAUAAAGAAUUAAACCGAAUCAGUUUUAGUUGAUAAUUUCUCGAUGCGACAGAUUUUCGUCAAUACGCGCUUUAAGAUUAUUAAUAUUAUUAAUAUUGUUAUUUUUGUUAUUGUUGUUGUUGCUGUAAUUUAGUGAUACUUAAUUGUUAUAUAUUUUUAUUAUUACUAUAGUGUCUCUAAACGCCAUACGAAAAUUAAUUCUUUCUAUAUUUUUUAGGAUUCCAGGGGCCAGGAAUUCCAGCUAAUACUACUUGAUUCUGAGGGAAUUGACUCUGUUGGUAGUGAAGGUUAUGAUGAUAGCCAGAUUUUCACUUUGACGGUUUUACUGGCGUCGGUUUUAAUAUACAACUCUCAAGGUGUUCCUACACGGAAAGAUCUUGAACAGCUAAAGUAUCCUCUUAACUAUUUCUAAAGUAUAUUUUCAUUGAAUUAUGCUGAGUAUCAUUAGAUGUGAAGAAUUUACAGAUCGAGGAGAAUAAUAACAGAGGAUGACAGCCUUCGAGAUCUACAUGAUCCUUCACAUCAUACGAAGGCCGAAUUCAAUUAUUGUUUUAACUACCUCUAAUACCUUGACUUAAAGAAAUCUCGUCUCCUGGCCGUAAGCUAGGUUUUACGGUUUUACCCGUUUUUCGGUACGUUUUCAGGAUAUAAACAGACGUUUUUUUCUUGGAGAUACGUCUUUGAAAAGUGAUAGACGUCAUUCAUGGAGCAAUAUUUUUGCGAAAUUUUGCAUUUCUGCCAUUCACUUUUAGUGAGAAAUUCGGCUAUAUUAUCUUAUUUAUUUAUUUACUUACACCACCACUUGAUAUACGUUUGAGAGUUAGUGUGACAUAAAAAACUUUGUACGGAAUAUUUUCCACCGAUACGUUUUUACACAAAGUCCUAGAAUUUGGUAUGACAUUUUGCCCCCCAACUCCGCUCCUCAUGGCUAAAUUGCGCAAGUUUUUACAUAAGAGCCAAACUGUGGAAAAAGCAGACAAAAUUGCCAAUUCGCGGAGGUAACUCUAAGGGACGUCAGAUUGGCUCUCCUUUCGCAUAAGAAGAACUUCUGAUCUUAUGUAAAAGAACUUCAUAGAUAGAACUCGAUCAUGAUUAGCCUUUGCAACACAUACAAAAAUGAAAGCCUCACUGUUAGUUUUUUUAAAAUGUGGAGUUGAGGGGACAAAGGCGCCUUCGUCAGUGCUGUUGCUGUAUAUGCUAAACUUCUUCGUAGAUUGCUUUCAUUUGGUCUUUAUGCUACAAUAAUGGUCAGUCUAUUAAGGAAACGUUUAUUUUAACCUGUUCGUUAAAGAUCAACACCCUUUUGAGCCAGCCCACCCAAGUCUUAUCCUUCAAGCCAGGUAAUUUGACCAAAAACCCAAUUCCGGAAUGCCUGAAAAUCAUGUCCUAUACUGGUAUUUCAGUUAACUUUAACAGGCAUUAAUUUAAUCUUUACAAAGAGUUAAACGUCCUUCACUAGGUUUUCUAGCUUUAUCGUUAAGCUCUCUCAGAGCAUAGAGGUGCAACCUCAAACAGAAGCUGCAGCUGGAAAAUCGCAGGAAGCCUCAAAGUUUUUCUAUAAAACAUUUCCUUUCUUCAUCUGGUUGCUACGAGACGUCACUCAGGACAUUCCAACAGACUGUGUCAACAUCAAAGACUACUUCCUAAAGAUGGUAUACUUAAUUUAGAUUGCCGUGUGUGUUUAAUUAGGAAUCAUUUUCAGCAGCUGUGCAUCAUUAAGCAUUAGCUCUGCAUGCAUGCUAAUAGCUAAAUGAAGACAUUAAAGCAUAGUUAGAUAAUACUGAACAUUGUUUUCGUUUUGACCCUAGCAGAACUCUUGUUUUUUUUAGCUCGAAGAAAUUAUUGCUCACACGAUAUGUAGUCGAAAUGCUCGUCGCCUUAAAAAAGAAUGAAAAGUGUUUUAGAUAUUAUAGAGGAUUGAGUAAGUCCUAUAACCUUUCUUGCGCUAUUCAUAUGGCUUUAAUUUUAUGCAAAUAGUCAGCUUAGAUGUUAAUCUUAAGCUUUCGUUUGUCACGUCAGCCUGGGUAAAAAUCUGACUUAACUUUGCUUAAUUCAUACAGGUUUUCAAGGUUCGCGAUUCAUCAUCAGCUGAAAAUCAAGAUGGCCAGAAGGUUGCUGAUAGCAUCCUAGGUUAUUUCUCUGGUUUUGAAGCGUUUUCGUUACCUCCUCCCACUGUUGAGAAAGAGCUGCUGAAGAAAAUCAACGAUAACAAAAGUCAAAUAAAUCCUUCUUUUUUCCGUGGAUUAGAUCAAUUUAAACGGAUGCUGGGAAAUAUUCUGACCCCUAAAAAGAGCUUUAAUGAAGGAGAGCUGGUUACUGGAGAAGGUACAGGUUUUUUUCGUAAUUUGAAGUGAGGAGGAUACCAGCUUCAUUUACUAUAGCAAUGACACGUAUGAUAGGCAAGUUUCUAGUCGAUAUUAGUUUGUUUCACCACGUAGGGAAAGACAGGGGGUCUUAAUGAUUUUUCAUGUUCAGACUUCUCUCUUCUUCGAAUUAUUUAUCUUAUAGAAGUAUUGUUUUUGAGGCUAACGUUGAAAGUUCUAAUGUUUCUGUCGAUAUUAGGCAGGAAUACGGAAUAUUCUUUUUGCAGGCGAACAAUAGUGAGCCCCCAGACUACUCUUGGUCAGCGGCACUUUAUAAAAACUGUAUAGCGAGGUUUUUCCAAAAUCUGUCCACAUUCUCGAGAUGCCCUAGUUGUGCAUAUAUGCUUGGUAUCUGACCGCGAAGGCCCCAGUGCAACGCUGCCAGCAAUGGCAAAAACGGCGAAUCUGGCAAAAAUUCACCAAAGGCUUAGCGAAAAUUUAAAUAAGACUACAAUAGCAACUCCUGGUAAAGUGGCAAAGUUGAUGAGAAUGACGAAUCUGACAAAAGUGCUCAGAUAUGCUGUAUGUAUGUCUUGUUCUUAAAACAUAUCUCCAAGUAUGCCAUAGUCUAGAAUUCAUACUUCAGUUUACAAGGGCCAUUUUGAAUAAUUGAAUUUUCUAUUUUUGUUGUAUAUAAAGUAGAAAAAUUGUUAAUAGUUCCAGUGCAAUUUUUGGCCCAACUUUUGUCUUAUUAUAGCCAGGAUCAUGAGUUUAUCACUUUGUAAUUACCAUUUAAUAUGUACAGUAAACGAAUCACAUUGUGACUUCCAUCUCAGACUACACCGAAACUGAAUUGUUGCCAAUAUGCUACUCUAGCAUUGCAGGACAAUUCCGUUGUUGGUUCACUGCAUUAAUCAAUCUUGGAGUUUUUACUCUUAAAUUAUACACUUACACUUUCUGUAGAUAUCACCUUCCAAAACAUCUGCGAAUUACAAAACAAUGCAUAUCAUUUUCACAAAAGCUAUUUUUCAAAUUACCCGUUCAUGGAUUCACGACCUGGGAACUACUCGUGGAACCUCGUCACCAGGACCUGAAAAGUCUUUUUACCUCAGGAACGACAUUUGUUGUCAAUGCUAACAUAGAGUUAGCCUGCGAGCAAGUUCUCUGGGGCGCCUCGCCGUCAGAGAGCCCUGGAGAACUAUAUCAUUUACUUGUUAAUAACACUUUGGCGAAUUUUCGCCAAAUUCCACAUUUCCUUCUUUGAAAGAAGCCCUUUGCAGUAUCAUGUGAAUUUUGGCAAAUAUCAGCGAUAUUCACAAUUUUUGCCAAAUUCGCCAUUUUCGUCAUAAUUGCAGCUCUCAUAGGAGCUUUUUGCCAUCUCGUUUGAAUUUUUGCUGGUACUUGGGCGACUUUUUGCCAUUUUGACAGUUUUCGCCAAAUUCGCCAUUUUCGUCAAAAUCGCAACUCUCAAAGGCGACGCAUGAUCAUUUUAUUUGACUUUUUAUAAAGGCUUUGGCGAACUCUCGCCAUUUUCGUUAAAAUCGCAACUUUUCUAGGGGCUCCUCUGCCAUCGUAUUUGACUUGUGGCUAACUUUAACAGGCAUUAAUUCGUUUUCGUCAAGGGGACAAUUUGCUACCUCAUAGGAACAUUCGCAAACCGUGGCAAGAGUUUACCAAUUUUGCUAUUUUCGCAAAUUUCAAAGGACCCCUUUGCCAUCUCACUUGAAUUUGUGAUAAGACUUUGGCGAAUGUUCGCCAUAUUCGCCAUUUUCGCCAAAAUCGCCACUCUCAAAGGGAACCCUUUGCUUCCUCAUAAGAAUAUUCGCCAAACUUUGGUGAAUUUUCUCCAUUUCCCUUUUUUCCCGGGUAUAUUACGAACUAAUUUAAAGUCCAGUUCCAAGGUUGCUUGCUAGCUCAAUUGGUAAGAGCGCUGCACAGAAUUUUUUCAGGCUUUCUCAGUUUCGUAACUCCAUAAGUUACAUAUUUAACUUUGAUGAUCGUCUCUGUAUUUAUAGUAACUGUUCCUAAUGUCGUUUUCUAGGUCUCGCUGCACUGGUUCAGUUCUACGUCGAAGCAAUUAAUAGCCCAGGAGUAAUUCCUAAUAUUCAGAAUGCCUGGGAAACCUAUGUGGAGAUGAAGUGUUCCGAGGCUAUAAGAGGGGCUGUGAAAAAAUACGAAGGGGUUAUGAAGUCAAACCUGAAAGACGAACGUCCUUGUGAUAAUGAUGAAUUGCGCAAGAUCCAUGGGACUGCAUUAGAAAAAGGUGAAGGCUACUUCAUGACAGAAACCGUGGGAAUUUCAACAAGCACCACUGAGAAGCACCUAAACAAACUGAAGGUUGGUAUAAAAUGAGGCAGCUGUCGAUGGUAAGAAUUGGGUAGGAUGGAGGGGUAUGAAGAAACAUGAAGAUAGCUGAGCUUGUUACGCAACAACCUAAUGGAUAAUAGUCAGCCUUUUAUAAUGGCUUCAGUAUAAAACAUAAGAGCCCACCAAAUACAAAAUACCGUCGGUUGCAUCUAUGUUCUAAUAGGGUGCCAGACAGAACGUAUUUUGCCGCCAAACAUUUGAAGUUUAACGGCCGUUAAAGCAAACUAUUGCGCCAAAAAUAAGUUGUUCUUAUGUUUUUGAUCGACCUGAUCAGCGUGCUCCGCUCAUAGUUCAUUUUUCUCGACUUUCAAACAUAUUUCUCGCUCAGAAACAGCGCACUUGCCUCCCGAAAUUAUUCUUAACGUCUAAAAAUUCUUCCAAAGAAUAUUUUGUUGAGCGAAUACAAAUCAAGUCGACAACACCCGCCUAAUCCAAACUUGGAAUGUUUGGCGACAAAAUAUGUCAUAAUCUUUACUGAUAUUUGGAUUUUUUCUUUUCUUUUAUGUAUAAUAUUUGUAAUAAUAUUUUUAUGUAUAAUAUAUGUGAUGCGCAUUUACUUUUGUACCAAGUUUAUGACAUUUAUCUGAAUUAUUAUUGUAUUUGUUAUGCCUCUAUCCUGUCUUUUCUCAUUUUCAUGAUCAAUUAUCAUAAUUAUCGUGGUCACCCAACUAGUUCAGAUUUUAAAAGUUAUUUUGGGUGUCCAACAAAUACUGUAUGUAAUAAUAGUUCUUAUUUAUAGUUCUUAAAAUUUCUUUUAGUCUACAGUAGAAGAAGUAAACUUUUUGUUUGUUGGUAAGUAAGUAAGUAAUCGGUUUAAUAACAGUGUUUUCACAUUGUGGCUCUUCAUCAGUUACUUAUAGCGGAAAAAACGUAAAAAUAAAAACAUGCAUCAAAUGUUUACAAUAAAACAACACUAUAUAAAGCAGAACAAAUAACUAUUAAAAGAGAAAGUAUUUACUAGGAUCGUGUGAAUAAAACUCAAAAUAUAAUUAACAAGAACACGUUUUUGAAGCGUACACUUCGGCGUUGCGGAAAGAAGGUCAGGUUCUUUUCGAUAUCAUAACAAAGCUUCAAUUUUUUACAAAUCACCUUGUGGCUUAAACUUAUAUAGUCACUUAUUGGAAAAUUACGUGUACACAGGCGUAAACACUUCCUUAAAAUCUUAUUUCCAUAUUUCAUUGCAAUUCUCUUCUUUCGUACUUAGACAACAAAUACACCUUUCCUCGUUUAUGAACCUGUUUGUUACUCCCCUUUGAAAAAAACUCACAUUUUUUCCUUUAUACGCAUUACCUCUUUAAACGAGAAUUUGCACAUUUUAUAUAACAAUAAAUCACUUGGGUAUUUUUUCCGGAUACCCUUCCAUACAAAUGCCCUUGCUUCUCUCUUUUUGUGUAAGAGACGUUAACUUCUGCACCGGAAAUCUGCUUGGUGCAUGCCGGUGUCGCUGUAAGCGAAUUCGAUGAUCAUUUCCGUUAUAAAUAAAUUGCGCAUAACGAGAUCUCAGUUCAACUUUCUUUAUUUCCUCUACAACAACAGUUUCCUUAUCUUAAACUUGCUGAUAAUGCACAAUCUCCACACUGAGGAUAAUUCAUGUGCAACACCGCAACAUAAAUUAUUACAUGGAAAACAUAAUAUAAACACGCAGUACAAAAGCAAGCGUGAAAACACCUACUUUUCCAAAAAAAAACAAAAAAAGAGGAAGCCAGGAUAAUGAUUCCUAUCACAACCUGUACGAAACGACGAUAACUGCUUUCUUCUUCCUCUUGUUGACAAUCUGUCGGUUGGUCUACACACAACACAAACGACUGCACCUCUUUCUCUUUCGAAUUACUCUUGCUGCAAUCUUCUUCAAUUGUCCAAAUCCCUUCACUCUUAAACGUUAUACACAUUCCUUUUGCAAAACGUUUCUCCAGGUAACUUGAGUAGUAUAAUAUGUUGAAAGAUAAGCCCCGUUAGUGUCUUCCCCUGUCUUCUCCUGUCUUCCCUUUAUUAAUAUGCAUAAGGGUCGAGUCCAUGACGUCACCUAUUGUUAUAACCUAGAGAAAAAUGCGUUCCUACAUACUAAUUUUAAAAGUGCCUUCCUCCAUACUAAUAAGGAUACUCGACAAAAAUACGUUCCUCCAUAUUAAUUAAGUGUCUAGUCAGUGUCUUCCUCCAUACUAAUGAAGUGUCUAGCUAGCUAGGUAAAAAAUGGGUUCCUCCAUACUAAUAAGUGUCGCUCUAGUACAAUAGGAACAAUAGGCUUGCCUAGACUUGCUCGUUAAUAGUUAACACGGAUUGGCUCAUGUAGAAUCUAUUCUAUCUUUCAAAUAAAAGCGGGCCCUCCGUUCAGCAUUUUAUUAUUGUCACAAACUCCAGUAAAUAAUAUUUUUGAGCGGAUAGCUUCCAAACAUACUAGUCAACGGUCCGAAAACAGUACUCGACUUAAAACUAUUCACUGUGACCAAAGAUAAAUAUUUUUAUUCUACAAAACCAUUGAUUCUGUUUUGUCAAUGUAAUUCAACCUUCAAACGUUUCUAGACUGUGGUAUAGAGCGUUAAUCAUUAACAGGUUGGCCUUUUUCCUUUUAGACCUGUAUCAUACGAAACAAAAGGAACGCAAGCGAACUGUUUUUAUUAUUCAUCGCAAACUAAUUUAAUAUACACUGAGCCAACAUGAACGCUUGUCGCAUAAAUUAUCCACGGGAAUUAACUCAAUUAUAUAUAAACAAUGGAGGGAUUAAUACGUGCAUGCUACAACCAGACUACACCUUUGUUUCGGUUAAAAAAUACAUUUAUUGAUAACAAAACCAUCAAAGUGUUACAACAAUAGAUGAAUAGACAGAGUUCCGGGAGUAAGGAGGAGUAAGAAUUUCCGCUUAUCGAUGGCAAGUUCUGUCGAUUCCAGCCAGUCAUAUCCUUCUGUGUCUUUGAGAUGUUGGCGGGUUUCCAUCACUUUUCGGAAUGUCGGAUCUUUCUUCAUUGCAUGCAUCCACUGUAAAAACUCUAAGAACACUUUUCUCAAUUCCUUUCUAUAUACUGGAAGCAAAGCAUUUUCAGCUUUAAUGCGGGCCACUUCAGGCGAGUCUCCGUUUUGUUCAUACUCGUUGAUCAGAGCUUCGAGCUGGGCUUCGUGGCGAUUACAAACUUCAUUUUGAAUGCGUGACCAAGGAUCUACAUGCUCCUCCUCCUCCUCUCCGGAAGAGUCCAUUUCUUCGCUAGAUUGAGAACUUUGAGAUGAUUGUUCGCUUUCUUGUGAGCUUUCAGUAUGGUCGUCAUCAUCUUCAAAAUUUCCAUAUCCUUUUUGAACGAAAUGAUUAUAAUUGCUGAACAUUGUGAUCCGAACUGCACGAGGUUUAAUUAAAAACUGACUGAAUCAGAAACAGCGGCUUACUUCUUUUAUAGCUAUCGAUGGAGGCACGGCUGCAAAGCACAACGGAACUCUAUGAACUUUCAUUGUACCCCUCCUGUACCCCUACUGUACCCCUCCUGUACCCUUCCUGUACCCCUACUGUACCCCUCCUGUACCCUUCCUGUACCCCUACUGUACCCCUCCUGUACCCCUACUGUACCCCUCCUGUACCCCUACUGUACCCCUCCUGUACCCCUCCUGUACCCCUCCUGUACCCCUACUGUACCCCUCCUGUACCCCUCCUGUACCCCUCCUGUACCCCUCCUGUACCCUUCCUGUACCCCUCCUGUACCCCUACUGUACCCCUACUGUACCCUUCCUGUACCCUUCCUGUACCCCUCCUGUACCCCUACUGUACCCUUCCUGUACCCCUACUGUACCCUUCCUGUACCCCUCCUGUACCCCUGAAUUCUCUUAAGUACUCCCCACCAUUGUAAAAUAACUAUAUAUUAAAUGAUUCUGUUAACUGUGAGUCAUUUUUCAUAAGCAGUCAUGCCUCGAACGUUUCCUUGAAUUUGUCCGCUAUGUGGCAAACCUGGUGUGUCCAACUUGAGUUCUCAUCUUGAAAUUGUCCAUGACUUAACCGGGCUAAGACGAACACGACUCUUAAAAGAGGCUAAGGUUUCUUGGGAAUCAAAAAGAGAAUAUAUUUCUACAAGCGUCGACUUGCCUCGUUGUUCAUCUAGUUCCACGAGAAAAAUAUGUGAACCAAGAAAAAGAAGAAGACCAGUAAACGAAACGCCGAAAACUUCUUCUACUGCGAAGAAGGUAAAGCUUUCCCAUGAUGUUUCCUUGGCAACCAAGCCUUAUCCAGAUUUUAUGUUUCGCCAUAAGUUCUCACUCCUUGUGGUUGGACCAAGUCAAUCAGGGAAAACAGUUUUCGUAGAACAGAUUCUAACGAGAGAUCGUAUUGUCUACGAAACCAACAAGCCCCGUCGCAUUUUAUGGUAUUACAGUCAGUGGCAAGAUAGAUACGAAGCUUUGAAAUCAGCGAUCGGAAAGGACAUUACAUUUUUUCGUGGACUUCCCACAUUUCAAGAAGAUCUGCGAGAAAUUGACCCAAAAUACAACAACGUUAUCAUCUUUGAUGAUCUAAUGGCAGAAGCGAUCGAAAGCCCCAUCGUUUCUCGGUUGUUUACCCAAGGUCGUCAUAGAAAUGCCAGCGUCAUACUGCUCCUUCAGAAUAUGUUCCCCAAGGGAAAAUUUAACACCGAUAUCAGUCGGAAUGCACAGUACAUGGCUCUUUUCUGAAGUCCUAGCGAUCGGAAACAAAUCGGAAUUGUUGCUGAGCGUAUGUUUGAUAAGAAUCGCCAACGAUUCAUGACAGCUUAUUAUCAGGAAACAGAGAGGCCUUACGGUUACAUCUUUGUAGAUAAUAAUCCGGACACGGCGGCAAAUAAGCAGGUGUUGAGCGACAUCUUUGGCUCUUGUCGAGUUUACCCAAGUAUCAACAAAACCUUAAAACCAGAGGGAGAGGUGGAAUCGAUCCCCCCAAAGGAUCUUAUUGUGCCCCCGAAAUAUGCUGAAGCUAAAUCAUGUACGCGUAAACGGAAACCGUUUGAUCUGGAUUGGUGUGGGAUGACCUGGCCCGCCUUGCAGAAUUAUUUACAUGGAGCGCCCUAUCUCAAAGCUAUUCCAGAAGGGUUUGGCCUUUGCGAGAUGUACACGAGCACUCGAAAUGCUGUUAACCCUUAUACCCCCACAGUCAUGUUUGCAUCUGAAAAUUACUGGCCCGUCAAAAUAAAACAUUAUUCCAACGGCAAAAGAAAGUGGAUUUAUAUACACGAAGACGAACCAAGUGUCCAAGUAUUUGUUCAAGAAACGAAAGCAAUCGAAAGAGCUAGAGGGAGAGGCACUUUCUAGGCUUUGAACAUUUGCUCACCAUAUUGUAAUCCUUUUUAUAAAGUUGUUGAGUUACUACAAUAAAUGUAUUUUUUAACCGAAACAAAGGUGUAGUCUGGUUGUAGCACGCGCGUAUUAAUCCCACCAUUGUUUACACACCUAUUUCAAUUAAGGUUGCUUAAGAGAAGAAUGAUGCAUGAUCCGUGUUUCAUAGCCCGCGGUGCAUUAUCGUGCGCGUAAACAAAUCAUCGAAAUCAUGUUCUAACAAGUCUAGUAAAUUAUGUGCCCACAACGAGUCUAGAAACCUAGAAAGCAAACGCUGCCGACACUUCUAUGCUAUGUCAGCAGAACGUUAAGAUAAUGUAUUUCAAAGCACUGAAUCCUAGGCUUUUUAAUUUAAGAAAAUGAUUUGAGGUUAGGUUUUCCUCUGUGGUAAUUUGCAAAUGCUACAAAUUUUCAACGAGUUGGCUUGGCUCUUGCACGUGGGAAUUUUGGAUGGAGAUUUAAAAAAAUCAAAUUCAAGGCGUUUGUUGAACAAUAAUAAAUAACUUAACAUUACGUGUUUAUCUACUUUUGAGGCACUUUUGUUAAGCUGAACAAAAAAAAAAGAAUAGCGUUGAUUUGCUUUAUUGAAAUAACCCGGAGUCUGGCCCAUGCAAAAACGGAUCUGAAUCAGGCGGUAAAACCCUCUUCAUUUAAUGUUGUUAAAAGGAGAGGCUUCUAAUUUUUUACUAUGAGAUUUUAAAAAUGAAAUUUUUCAGCUCGCUCAUGCUUAAGAAUUUUAGCAGCUAUUUGACUUGAAAGCUCUCUUGAACGCCUUUUCACAAAUGGUCUCCAUUAUUUCAAUGAACGUGAACAAGACUAAACUUCCAGCUACAAAAAGGUUUACCAUAGUGCACUGCGGCCUAUGAAACAUGGUUCGCGGGAGCAACCUUAAUUGAAAUAGGUGUAUAUAAUUGAGUUGAUUCCCGUGGAUAAUUUAUGCGACAAGCGUUCAUGUUGGCUCAGUGUAUAUUAAAUUAGUUUGCGAUGAAUAAUAAAAUACAGUUAGCUUGCGUUUUUUUUGUUUCGUAUGAUACAUGUCUAAAAGGAAAAAGGCCAACCUGUUAAUGGUUAACGCUCGAUACCACAGUCUAGAAACGUUUGAAGGUUGAAUUAUAUUGACAAGACAGAAUCAAUGGUUUUGUAGAAUAAAAAUAUUUAUCUUUGGUCACAGUGAAUAGUUUUAAGUCGAGUAUUGCUUUCGGACCGUUGACUAGUAUGUUUGGAAGCUAUCCGCUCAAAAAUAUUAUUUACUGGAGUUUGUGACAAUAAUAAAAUGCUGAACGGAGAGCCCGCUUUUAUUUGAAAGAUAGAAUAGAUUCUACAUGAGCCAAUCCGUGUUAACUAUUAACGAGCAAGUCUAGGCAAGCCUAUUGUUCCUAUUGUACUAGAGCGACACUUAUUAGUAUGGAGGAACCCAUUUUUUUUCUUAGCUAGCUAGACACUUCAUUAGUAUGGAGGAAGACACUGACUAGACACUUAAUUAAUAUGGAGGAACGCGUUUUUGUCGAGUAUCCUUAUUAGUAUGGAGGAAGGCACUUUUAAAAUUAGUAUGUAGGAACGCAUUUUUCUCUAGGUUAUAACAAUAGGUGACGUCAUAGACUCGACCCUUACACAUAUUAAUUAAGGGAAGACAAGGGAAGACAGGGGAAGACACCAACGGGGCUUAUCUCGCAACAUAGUAUACUACUAACUUGUGUCAUCUUCACUUUGUACAAACUGAUGUCGUCUACUUAAGCAUAAUGUCUUUCACUCCCUCAAUAGUUUCCUUUCAUUAACUUUAGGUUCGCGGACCAGCCCAUUCUGAAAACGCCUUAUUUCCUUUUUUGCUGUGAGCCCGCGAACAGUGUGUGUAUUUGUAUGUGAAGGCGCCAUAUAACACUGCAACAUACGUAUUUCAGCAAAAUAUUCACUAUUUCCUCUUCUUAGAUAGUCGCCAAUUUUAUGCCAAAUUUCCGAAUCACUCGGAUCAAAAACAUCCAACUCUUCUCUAAUUGGCUUAUCAAUUUCGGUGUCCAAAAAAUUUUUUUCGGCUUUUCGGGCCUCAGUUUGGUCUAAAAAUAGUGGGGAGGAGGCCCUCCUUAGGAUCCGCCUCUAAUAACUUAAAGCUAUUUUUCACAUUUCAAAUGACCUUUAGUCGCCGCGGGGCAACCGUUAGAGCGGCUCAUCUGAUCUGACUAGUUAAACUUUAGUUGGUUUAAACCCUGGCAUAAUAUAAAACGAUUAUUUCUUCUUUAUUCAUCCCUCAUAAUUAUUUCUUUCCCUGAAAGAAUGCAUCAAAGAACUCGAAAAUACCUCGCACUAAUGCCGAAGCAACUUCGGGAUAUUCGGAUAUCCCGAAGAUUUAACUUUGGAACAUUCCUGAACUGCAAGAAUCCUUAACUUCGUGCUCCGCUGAAGUAAUUAAGUUAAGGUUCUAUAAGAAUUUAAAAAUGCAUGAACUAAAUAAAUAAAUUAAAAUCUUCACGUUUCUUAAGAUUAUCAGGAAGAAUAUUGAAAAGGGCAGCCGUAGUGUCCUGGAAGGUUCCUUUUUCCAGAGGAACUUGUUAGGGUCAGGGUUAGAAAAGUUGUUGUUGUUGUAACGUACAACCCCAUGAAUGAAGUGUUAGCGAGUUGGGAUCCCAAUAUUUUGAACUAUUUAUACAGAUCAAUCAAUGCUUUUUAAAUUUCCAACCAAAAUUGUUUUCUUUCAGUUUUUUUAUUCUACCUUAAUGCGUGGUGUGAACAUAUGUAUUAUUUAUGACGACAAUAGACAAUUUAUAUGUAACAUAAAGUGAAGUACGUAAAAGUGACAACCAUGAAAGCGUUCACAACAGUCACGCAAUGUGCUGUCCAGACAAUGGCCGCUGUGUUUAAGUUGACCUCGUGCGGUGAACACGCUGUGUCGUAUUUAAGGUGGCUGAACACAAUUUUGGCAGUUUCCGAUUAUAUGUCAUUUGCCAAAUCUUGGCAAGAGAAAGGUAGCUCACAAGCUGAAACUUGGCAAGUGAAAAAUAUUCUGAUGAAAGAUUUUGACUGACAGGUAAAAUUUGACAUUUUCGUAGUUUCCAUGGCAACAUGAACGAUUGAACACAACCUUAAAAUUUCACUUUUGCUCAGUUUGCAUAAAAUUCGCUCAUUAGAUUUUCCUAUAAACUUGUACACAGCUUACUAUAAUUAAUCAUUACCAUUUGAAACGUAUUUGACCAAAUUUUAACAGACAGGUUGUUAGAUAAUCAAUGACAUAAUUGUACUGUAAUUAUUAAAUGUGUCACAAAAUUCGUCUGUUCAAAUUCCAUUUUAAAGUUCUAAUUAUUUGAAAUACAAUAAAAGUAAAAAUUCCCAAAUAUCGCAAAAUUUUAAUGAGUAGAUUUUGAGAAAUGGUCGUCUGUGUACCAUUGCUUUUUUCUCCGCCAUGUUUGUUUGUCUAAUUUAAAGCACGCGCCGUCACGCGAGUUACCGCUGAUCGCCCGCAAAACUGUGUUCAGCCACCUUAAGCCAAUCACAAUGCAGGAAGUCUCGCUGUCAAUCAAAACAUAGGGACUUGUCUUACUCUUUCACGAGUAGAUUUCUUAAUUUCUCGGGUGUUUCCAUGGGAACGACCGGAGCUAUAAAAUGGAAAGGGCUUUUUUUUCUUCCAAAGUGACUGUAAAUAGGUUCUUACUUUUGUAUUUAUUGGGAUAUUUGUAAUGCGAAUUUGAUUAUUUUUAAAGAAAAUGUGCAAUAUAAGUAUUAAAUAUUAUUAUUAUUAUUAUUAUUUCUCCUGGCACAAAUGGCCAGAGGCCCUCUGGCGCCUUCAGCGCGUGCGCAAGAUACAAGAGUCUGGGGUGUAAAAUAGGUCAGCGUUCCAAACCAGAGGACAGAGCCCACGGCUGUCAUGAUUGCCUGAGACACGGUGAGACAAAGGAAUCUGCAUGCAUUCGGUCAGUAAGGGGCUUCAUCAACAUAGUAGCUUCCUACUUGCUAGCUUUGGAGCAAAGUUGUAGUAUACUUGACUUACGUAAAAACUUUAAUAAUGAAUUUAAGUGCGUUAUUGCGGCUCGCUCAGUUCGUCACUGUAAAAGUAUUCCAGUCCCAGCAUAUAUAAGAAAGCCGAACGCACCCGUUAAAAGUCGUUUUCAUGUAAAUCCGUAAUGCGUUCUAAGUGCUUUUUGCGAGUCAUUUUCAUUUCAACAGCAAUACCUACCAAGCAUAUUACCUAACUUAAGAAGCUAACUAAUGCACUUAAUAGCUGAUGCUUAGAGGUUCGUAAAAAUGCCACCGUCUUCCUUACCAGGCAUCUCUAUUGUUGUCGUUGUUGUUGUAAUGAUAUAUAUAUAUCACGGGUGAAAUAUAGGUGAGAGACGAAAAACAUAUUGUUUUACUCUUCACUUGUGGUACUGUGUGUAUAUAUAUAUAUAUAUAUAUAUAUAUAUAUAUAUAUACAUAACACAAAUGAACUGAAACCAGAGAAAGAAAGAAAUAAAUUUAUAUAUUUAUAUAUAAAAAUGAAAUGACGAAAUUCAAAUUGAUCAUCAACUAAAAAGUGCUCAGUGGGUUUACCAGAGCUUUGAAUAGAUAUGUAGACUUGAACUAGGUCAAAAACAUUUACUUGCUACUCAUAGUUUCAUGCUUCAUGAGAAGCAAUCAUCAGGCAACUGCCAAAAAGAAGCAAUACAUGGUGUUUUAUAGUGAUUUAGAGUGAUUUUGAAAAAAACGGUAGCAAUUCAUAAUAGGCUGGGUUGCAUAGCAACGGUUAAACAAUUUUCAGUAAACCGCUGAAAAAGAAAAAAUAAAAUACGUCUUACAGGCUUAAAUAAUCACGUUAUUUAGAAGAAAUUUCUUUGCAUUUCUGCAACUUGAUACGGGUUCAUUUCUGUUGUUCAGGGUCGCCAUAUUCGGUCUACAAAUUAUAUAUUACUUCUCCCACAGACAUAAAUUACACUUCUUCGUUACAUUUGAAUAGGAUCUUGCAUGUCUAAUACUCCGCCAUCUAAUUCGGUAGGCAGUUUUCUUGUCUUUCAAGCCCCAUACAUACUUGCUUAGUGCAGUGGAAUUUCUAUAACGUUCAUUUCUAUUUUUUCUCUUUUUUCGCCUUCUUUUUUCUUCUGCUCAGGAACUGUUAAAUGAGAAGCUGAUAUCAUGGAAAACCAGAAAUGAAAAGUUAACAAGAGAAUUCUGUAACAGCUUACUAAUUCAGCUGAAAGAGAAACACCUUGAUCCAGUCCUUCGACGACUGCAGGGGAAAGAAGCGGCCAAAAUAUCUUUCGAUGAAAUCAUUGGUGGAUACAAUCAGAUAAAGGAAGAUUACCACAAUUCUGCUAUAGGUGCCAAAGAUGUUAUUGCCGCAGUUUUCUAUGAAUUUCACCCGGUACGAUUAAACGUUGAAAUUGGUCCAUUUUAUUCGAAUUGUGUAAUGUGACCGGCUAUUUGCUAAGUUAGAUUAGUUCGUCAAAAUUGAAACUGAAACAGACGUCUGUUAGUUUUUGACAUCUAAGAAACCCCUCCUAGUAACAAAUUAAGACGUUCGAUUAAACUGCGAAGGUUGUUUUUCGUUUCAGUGAAUUUUUGUGCGUUUUUGUUUGCUUGCAGGCCCUUUUGAAAGAACAGACACAAUGCUUGAGUUUGCUAAGACAACUCAAAGACUAUGAUGAGAAACUAACCCAGGAAUUAGCAGCUAAGGCUUUUCAAGAACAGGAAAAGCAAAAGCUUCAGGUUUUAUUUUUUCUCACGAUGCUUUUGACUUUAGAAAACUUAAUAAGCAAGGGUAAUCUCUUUUCCUUUUCACGGUGGGUCAGCUGCAUAAAAAAAUGAUCCCUUCAAAACUAGUUUUGCGGUUUUUAUUUUUUUCGACCUAAAACUUUGCAGGAUGACACAAGUCAGUAUUUCCCAAUCGCUUAUUUUUGGAUAUCUAUUUUAACGGAUUUUUGCCGGGGAAUAAGGUUACAGGAUUAAUUUAAUUAAUUUUCGACUUUAGUAGUGGGUUAGGGAUAAAAUUAAUCUUUUCUAUGCGCAAGAAAUCUCAUUAACUUGCUGAGGAAUACAUUAACGUCAAUGACGUUUCUAACCUUUUGUCUUUAUCUCAUAAAUAAAGUGCGCAGGAAUCUCAUUAAGAUAAGGUCGCGUGCUAUUUUUAGUUGGUUUAACCGGUUUUACAGAUUUUUAGUUAUUUUUAGAUGGAUGAUGUCAUAGUUUAUUUUAAUUAUGUGUGUCAUGUCCUUCUGUGGGUAUGAUGUGAUUGUCUAUUUUUUAUUUGGUGAGUCAAUAUCCUUGUUUGGGUAUGAUAAUGUCCAAGGUGUGUUUUGAUUGGUGGACUCCUUUCAAAAGGGCAAAAAACGGGGUUAGGCGAAUGCGAAAUCGUGAUGGUUUUUCGGGCAAAACAUAAAAACGAGGUCGAAGCUCAGCGAAGCAAAAAACUGCCUGCUAAGCAAAAAUGUCAAUCUUUGUUUACUUGACUCUGUAGAAAGCAUUGCACAGAGUAUAAAAAUUCUCUAGAAAGCAACUAAAAAGAGCAAAUGACCUUAUCUUAAUGAGAUUCCCGCGCAUUUUAUUCACGAGAUAAAGACAAAAGGUUACGACGUCGUUGGCGUUAAUAUAUUCCUGCGCAAAUUAAUGAGAUUAAUGCGCUUAGAAAAGGUUAGUUUCAUCCCUAUCCCACUACUGACUUUUGUCGCAACAAGUAAUCAGCUUUGAAUCCUACCAAUGUUUGCGUGGUUUUCAAUCAAAAUAAUUAUAAAAUACGCCUGUCACCUAACCUUCUCCUAGUAUCUUCUAAUAACGCUCACGGGUUGUUAUCUAUGGCUGACGACUUUUUAAAAAUGUUUAUCUGUUAACAGGAAGAGCAAGAACGAUUGCGUCAGGAGAAUCUGGCAGUCAAGAAAGAGGUUACCCAUAUCUUGUUGGUACUAGAAAUAACUUAAUGUCGGCUCUGGUCGAACAAUGUACUUUUCUUGAGCCGAACUCAACGAAUUGACGUUAGCUCAUGUGAAUAGCUCCGUUUUACCCAAUUAAUUCCGUGUUCUGGAUCGACUGAGGCUUUCUUCAGUGCUGGAUUACAUAAUGUUGUAAAAACAUCUCAGCCUACGCAAAUACAAUCAGCCAAACGUGACUGGAUGGAACGUCGCAUUCCACAUAGCCUACUCCACAGCCGAAUCUAAACUCUAAUUUAGUUCGUGUGCGAAACACCGCCAAAAAUCUUUGUUCUAAGCCCCCACCUGUGUACCAGGAUUUGAGUACGCGCCAUGAUUGGCCUGUUAAAAGAAGCCAUUGUCGAUUUUCCAAUCAAGAUGAAAGGAAAUUCGAAACGCACUUCCGGUAUCCGUUGGGUCCGUUGGGGGCUCAGAACAAGGAUCUCGGAGCUGCUUCGCAGACGUUACCAACCGUGGUUAAAUAAGUCUCCGACGCAAGCUACAUUCCUCAUGAGCCGAACGUUUUCUACGUUUCGCUAGCCGUUUGACUACGGGCUGUCCGUGAUCAUGAGCCAGACCAUACACACGAAUCGAGCGGAAGCUUAAUGCUUAUUCGUUUGUUUAUUCAUUGUAGAUGGAAAUGUUAGGCAGAAAACAGAGUGAAGAGAGACAGAAGCUUCGUGAACAGAUGGAUAACGAGCUUAGGCUGCAAAGGGAGCAAAUGAACAACAUGGUGGAAGCAAACAUGAAGACUGCAAAACAGAACAGAGCGUUACUCGUACAGCAAAACCAGGAUCUCCAAAAUAAGUUCUUGGCAGUUCAAAAAGCAAAUGAAGACAACAUGAAAAUGAUUGAAAAGCUGUCAGAUUUAGUGGCUAAGCAAGAUGAAGAGAAGUGCCGACUCAGUGAACAGAUGGAACUGAACGCACAGAAUGUCUCAGAACGUCAAGAAGAAAUCCGAGCAGAAAUGGAGAAGAGACACAAGAAAGAACAGGAAGAAUUGCGUCAUCAGAUGGAAACUAAGAUUCAGGAUUUGACAGAGGAACACAAGGAUUCCUUAGGAAAAAGAGAGCAAGACAUUGAAAAGAAGAUGGAGGCAAAGUAUCUGCAACAUCAAGAUGACUUACGUCAAGAGCUAAAUGAAAAGAGGGAAAGGGAUAUUGCGAAAUUGAAAAAUAAAUACCAGGCUGCGGCAGAUGCACGAAUAACCCAGAUGACAUGUAUGAAAACGAGGAUGGAUGUCCUUGAAGGAGAACUUCAGGAUCUUAAGAAACCAGGCUUUUUUAAGCGGCAAUGGUCAAAAUUAAAGGCGUUAGGGAGUGGUGUGAAGGAUAAAUGCUUGACAAUGUGA